AUGAAGCCAGAAAUUCUCAUCGUGUUUGAUUUGGAGAAAUCCCAGGUGAAGUAUUGUCCGUCCGAUAUCCUGGUUUCAGAGUCUGCCGGCUUGUUUGAGACCGUGAAGGCCUCGGAGGAGUUUAAGAACCGUUUUGGGCGCGUAGUGGCCCAGCUCGACGCUGCCUUUUGGUGGAGACAAAUACACUUGGGUAUCAAAUUUGGAAUGCAGUUAGGCGGUGUUAACAUCAAAAUAGUAUAA